AUGUCUUCUUCAGAGAGCAGAUUAUCAGACGUUGGUGAUCCUCUGCCCAUCGUCUCAGAUGAUGAGAUUGCACCUGAGCCGGAGAUACUUACGUCAGACACAAAGAGUGAUCCUGACAUGCUAUCAGAUGACAAGGACGACUUCCAGCCGUUCGCGUUGCCGGACUUUGGCGAUGAUUUACCCCUUGCUGAUGGUUUCCCAGACGAGGAUCCUUUUGUCGUUCCUAUUCCAGUCCAUGAUCACCUCAUCAUUGGGCAUCCCAAUGGUGAGCACAUCGUGGCUCCGAUCCUCGAUCCUGUUCCUCUCGUGGGUGAUGGAAAGAUUGAUGAGGAUGUUAUUGCUGUCCCACCUCCUGAGAUUCCUGUCAUUGAGAUAUCCUCUGAUUCUAGUUUGCACUCUGUUUCAGACUCCUUUGAGUCUGUGACGUCUUCAGCUUUACAGGCAGUCGGAUUACAGCGUUAUGCUACUGAUUCUGAUGAUGACACAGCUAUGUCUGCUGCACCAUCUCCUCCACAUGACCCCGAGCCUGGUCCUGAGCCAGAUCUUGUUCCUAUUAAUCAGCCUAAUGUUGCACCUGCUGAUCCUGAGCCGAUACCUGACCCUGACCAUGUUCCUUUUGGUUUACCAGACAUUACAACCCUUAUUCCUGACCCAGCUCCUGCACCCGUUGAUCCUCCAGUUGUUGAGCCAUUUAUUCCUCCACCCGCACCCGCUGAUGUUGCUCCUCUCCCUCCUGUUGAGUCAGAUGUCCAUCGCACUCAUUUGCCUAUCGUUCCCUGCACCCCGUCCAAGGGAAGGUACUUCAGGUCAGCACCUGCGUGA